CUGAUGUACACGUGGGUUUGCGCCUCUUCUGUGGAGAGGAACUGGGCGUUGCAAUGCACGAGCGUAUCCACGAGAAGCGCCGCAACGGGAUGGACUUCACGAAGCUGACUGACAUGGUGGAGAUGUGCGCGAACAAGAAGCUCCUGGCGUGUAGACAGAGGAGGAGGGGACUUCUCCUGCCGGCGGGUGAUCUCGAGGAGGGGCCAGACGACGUCCCUGAGCCGCGCAGAUCAGAUACUCUGCCAUCGGGGUCACUGAGGGACGAGGAGAUCAGACCCCAGGCGUGCAGGAUGCAACGUGCCUCGACUGUCCGCCACCCCUCUACGGUUGACAGUGUGUUUGGUCGUCAUGCAACUUAUAUCGAGCUGUAUGACAAGGAGAUCGAGUACGAGUCACCCACGGGCCCACAGGCAGCGGACGAGAUGGAGGCAGAGGCGUGGACGGACCCUGAGGACUUGGAGCAGGGAGGCCGUGACACACCUGACGCUGGUGAGGACUUCGGUGGGGAGAGUGAUCAUGGGGCUGAGAGUGACAUGCGGUCACGACUCACGGGAUCGACAGAGCCAUUGCAAUCCCGCUCGUCUAAGCGCUCGAGGCUAGAUAUGGACCUCAAGGACGUGCUUGAGGAGGAGCGACUGAGAUUGAUGUUAUCGGGGUGUGCCACGGCAUAUCGGCUUGCGUUGGAGCAGAACACGACGAGGGCGAGAGAGAUGGGGUGUAUUGUGGAGGAGGUUACUGCCGCCUCUCGCGCUCUUUUUCUCGAAUCUGUGAUGCAUCCUCCUGCCCAGUACCUGUCCAUUCUCCCCCUUCUUUUGAAUUGUCUGGGCACCCCUCAGACCCCUGUUAUGAUCGUAGCAUCUGUUGAUUGUGUGUGCAGAUGUAUUUCUGAAAACAUACUUGUCGUUGAAGUGUAUGGAUGGUAGGCACUGUGUGCUAUGACGAGGAUUCGCCCGGAUUUUUUUCUCCCUCGCUUGCCUUUUAUGGAAGUAAAUACCAUAAAAAUAG